AUGAGCAUCUCUGCCUUGCUUUCAAUGGGCCGGUGCUGCUGUCGUUGCUGCUGUCCGCGCGGGUUGUGGAUGUUGUCGUCUCCGUGUUGUGAUGACAGGAGAAUGUGUGUGUGUCCCGGGCCCAGACGAAUUGGAAUCCCAGUCAGAAGUCCCAGCCUGCCGCUGUUUUCGGAUGCAAUGCCAGCACCGUCUCAACUGUUUUUCCCUCUAAUUCGGAACUGUGAACUGAGCAGGAUCUAUGGCACUGUGUGUUACUGCCACCACAAACACUUCUGCUGCUCACCACCUCCUGUUCCUCACAGUCGCCUGAGAUACACACUCCAUCCAGCAUAUGCUACCUUUUGCAGGCCGAAGGAGAACUGGUGGCAAUACACCCAAGGAAGGAGAUAUGCGUCCACUCCACAGAAAUUUUACCUCACACCUCCACAGGUCAACAGCAUCCUGAAAGCUAAUGAGUAUAGUUUCAAAGUACCAGAAUUUGAUGGCAAAAAUGUCAGUUCUGUCCUGGGGUUUGACAGUAACCAACUGCCUGCAAAUGCACCCAUUGAGGACCGACGAAGUGCAGCAACCUGUUUGCAGACCAGAGGGAUGCUCUUGGGGGUUUUUGAUGGUCAUGCAGGUUGUGCUUGUUCCCAGGCGGUCAGUGAAAGACUCUUUUACUAUAUUGCAGUCUCUUUGUUGCCCCAUGAGACCUUGUUAGAGAUUGAAAAUGCCGUGGAGAGUGGGCGAGCACUCCUACCCAUUCUCCAGUGGCACAAGCACCCUAACGAUUACUUCAGUAAGGAGGCAUCUAAACUGUACUUCAACAGCCUAAGAACUUACUGGCAAGAGCUUAUAGACCUCAAUACUGGGGAGUCAACUGAUAUUGAUGUGAAGGAGGCUUUAAUCAAUGCUUUCAAGAGACUUGACAAUGACAUCUCCUUGGAGGCCCAAGUUGGCGAUCCCAAUUCUUUUCUCAACUACCUGGUGCUUCGAGUGGCAUUUUCUGGGGCCACUGCUUGUGUGGCUCACGUGGAUGGUGUUGAUCUUCAUGUGGCCAAUACAGGUGAUAGCAGAGCCAUGCUGGGUGUCCAGGAAGAGGAUGGGUCUUGGUCAGCAGUCACUCUCUCUAAUGAUCACAAUGCUCAAAAUCAAAGAGAACUGGAACGGCUGAAAUUGGAACACCCGAAGAAUGAGGCCAAGAGUGUGGUAAAACAGGAUCGGCUGCUUGGCCUGCUGAUGCCUUUUAGGGCUUUUGGAGACGUCAAGUUCAAAUGGAGCAUUGACCUUCAAAAGAGAGUGAUAGAAUCUGGCCCAGACCAGCUGAAUGACAAUGAAUAUACCAAGUUUAUCCCCCCUAAUUAUUACACACCUCCUUAUCUCACUGCUGAGCCAGAGGUAAUUUACCACCGAUUAAGGCCUCAGGAUAAGUUUCUGGUGUUGGCUACUGAUGGGCUGUGGGAGACUAUGCAUAGGCAGGAUGUAGUUAGAAUUGUGGGUGAGUACCUAACUGGUAUGCAUCACCAACAGCCCAUAGCUGUUGGUGGCUAUAAAGUGACUCUGGGACAGAUGCAUGGCCUUUUAACAGAAAGGAGAGCCAAAAUGUCCUCAGUAUUCGAGGAUCAGAAUGCAGCAACCCAUCUCAUUCGCCAUGCUGUGGGCAACAAUGAGUUUGGAGCUGUAGAUCAUGAGCGCCUCUCCAAAAUGCUUAGUCUUCCUGAAGAGCUUGCUCGUAUGUAUAGAGACGACAUUACAAUCAUCAUUGUUCAGUUCAAUUCUCAUGUCGUAGGGGCAUAUCAAAACCAGGAAUAGGGAGCAGAUCUUACCCUAGCAAUUCUUGAAUGAAGUAAGUAUAAAGGGCAGGUAAACUGAAACAGGAUAUCAUAAACAUAACCAGCGGGCCAUUUCCCCAGUUGGUAAUCUAGCUAGUCACAUACUCCAAACUGACUUUGCAGCAGGUGGCAGGAUCAUGACGGUUUAAUUCUGCCAUGUGAGAGGACCUCCCAACACCUGCUCUUGGGGGCGCCCUUAUUGUGGGUCUCACAAGAAAUUGACUUUUACCAAUCAGAAAAUCAGGUUUAUCUGGCAAAUAGGAUAGGCCAAAAACAGGCAUCUUACUGGGUAAAUUCUCAUGGUAAAAGAGAAGAAACAUUACUGUUCACACCUGCAGACCCCUUUCUUCAUGAAGAUUCGAAUGUACACAGUAACAUUUAUUGCAUGAUUUCCUAGGUAUAUAAUCUAUGCAUUAUUCAUCAGAAUUUAAUUUAGCUGAGAUGGUUUCUAAUCCAGUGCUUAAGCCAUAAAUGACCAAGAACCAAGCAA